AGGAGGUUAAGCUAACAGAAAUGCAGAAAAUGCAUCAAUUUGAUUACUCCUCAAUUAAGGAAAGCAAACCUUCUUUAGAAUCUCUGCAAUCAGAAAUAUGGUCUCCUUUGGAAUCCCAACCUAUGGACAAUUCACAAAGCAUCAAAGAAGAAACUCACUCAGGCUUCAAAACCACACGGAACAGAAGAAAACUAGGGUCAAGCAGAAGAAAUAAAGGAAGACAGCAUGUACCAGAGUCUGUUACUGAACCAUACCCUGAAGAAGAAGUUGUAGAAAAUACCUGGAGAAAUGAAGCUUCUGAAACAGAAGAAAUACCAUCAGGAACAGGGACAAUGUGGCAGGAAGAACUAAAAGAGCAUACCUACAGCAGUACAAUUGAGACAACAGACAUUGCUUUAAGGUCAGACAAAAAUGACUUUCUCAAAUCCAUUGAGGAAGUCAGUGAGGAGGAAAAGAAACACAUUAAAGAGCCUGAGAAUUUAACUCCGCUUACAGGAUAUGAUACUGUUAAAAUAGACUUGAUACAAUCUGAGGAAGCCUCAACAGAGAGAACAACAGAUGUACAAGGGCCUGUACAAGUUGAAGAGAGAGAAGAAUAUGAAGAUCCUGCAAAUAAAGACCGUGCAGCACAAGAAAUAGAUAUUCCAAAUGUAGUCACACAUGCUGAACUUUUGUCUGCUGCACAAAAUAAAACUGACACAUGGGAUCCAUUUGACAUUGGUCAUGAGGAAAACCAAAGUGCAAAUCCAGCUAUGGAUGUGUCUGAGGAAAGUGGAAUUUCUACAGCUGGAGACGCAUGUAACAGCCAGCAAGAUAUACAAGAAAAAGAUAAAAGUCUUGUAGAUAACAGUGAAAGUUUGCAAGGAAAAGUCAAACAGAAGAAAAGAAAGAUGGGCUCUACUCGCAGGACCCAACUCAAUAGAAAACAAGAGGGAGAAACAGACAACAAAGAUGAAACAAUUGAAAGAAACUUGGACAUGGAAGUUGAUGUCAGAAAACUUGACAGGAUGGAGGUAGUGGAGGAGUUACCAUUGAUACCGACAACAGAGGAAAAGGAAAAUACACAGCCAUCAUUGGGAACAGUGUAUAAAGAACAACUGGAAACUAAUGAAACUAGUUCUGUGCAUGACAAGAGGCACUUGCAACAAAGCUCUGACCUGCAGACUGUAGAGAGCAAUGUGAAACCAGGUACAGAGGAUUUAAUGGUUCUCCCUCCUGGGCAGUCUGCCUCUUACAAUGAGGAAGUUGUUAAUCCUGUUGCGUUUCUUCAUGGAGCGUAUGUAAGGGACAGUGAGGGAAAUGUAGAUGUUAGUGUGGAGCCACCACAACAAGAUGAUUUCACAAGCACUGAGAUGCAAACAGCUUCUGUGGUCGCUGGAAGAAACAGACGCUCAAUAGAUCAGUUGCUGUCUUCAAAUACUGAGGGCGCUAUGAACACUGAUUCUGAUAUCACACUGUAUUCUUCUGAGACUGCACAAAGUACACAGAAUGACCAAGCUUUGAAAUUAACAGAAGUACCGAGUGUGGCUGUGGCAGAUUUGGAAAAAGUAAAAUCUGUGGUCAGGGGAGAAGCUGAAGAAGAGCAUGAAAAUGCCCAGGCAAGUGCACAAGAGCAAAACUAUGUGAAUGAAGGAGCUCACAACACAAGUCCACAUUUCAGUUCAACCAACAGGAGAAGAAAAUUGGGCUCCACACGCAGGAAUCUUGGGUCACGCUCCAAAGGAGAAGACUUGCAUCAAAAACAAGAGGUGGAUAAUGAAGCAACUGCCAUAAAUGUUGGGGAUGUUUUGACUGAGGGUGUCUCAGGAAUCGAUGAAAAAGAGCUGCAAAUUCACAAUGAACACAAAGAUGGUGACUCGGCACAAAGGAAAGAAAAAGUAUUUGAAACAGUGGAGUACAGGCACACUGGUGAAUCUCAGGUAAAACCUAUAGCUCACCAGGCAGUUGAAGAAAAUCCUGAUUUUCUCAGCCAACUGGAAGAAACAGAGCAUCAGCUAACUCCAGAUCACCUCCCUGCAACACCAUCCACUUCACCCAAACAUGAUGGAGGGAGAAGACGAAAAAUGGGAUCUCACCGGAAGUCACGUGGACAUCAACACUUUGAAGACCAAACUGAAAGAGAGGGCAGGAUAAUAGAUGCACAAAAAGUGAGAGAUGAAAGUGCCACCAAGACAGCUGAAGGGCACACAGAAGAAUCUUCGGGUCUGGACAUAAUAUCAGAGGUUGAUGAAUGUAACCAGAAAUCAUCAUCCAGCAUCUCAAAGGCAACAGAGCACACAAGGCCAAAGAGUGAGAAGGCACCUAAAUGGGUGAAUCCAGUUCAAUAUCCCCAGGCUGAAAUUCGCCUUGGUCAAGACAGUCAAAAGUUGUCUUUUGCAGGAGCAGACAUCAGAUCAAAAAGCUACGAUGUGUUGAUGGUUGGAGACAGCAGUGUAGGCAAGACCUCCUUCAUGAAAAGAGCUCAAAGUGGGAAGUUUUCUUUAGAUUUACCUGCCUCUGUUGGCCUUGAUUCCUGCAUGUGGACUGUGGUAGUGGAUGGAAAGCCUGUGGUGCUCCAGUUAUGGGAUACAGCAGGUCAAGAAAGGUUUCACAGCAUCACAAGACAGGUUUUUCAUAAAGCCCAAGCAUUUCUCUUGAUGUAUGACAUCACUUCCUCUCAGAGCUUCACUGCAGUCAGCUACUGGGCAAACUGUAUUCAGGAAGGGGCUGCAGAAGACGUGACCAUUCUACUUCUGGGGAAUAAGAGUGAUCAUGCAAAACGGCAGGUUAAAACUCAGGAAGGAGAAAUUCUUGCUAAGGAGUACAACUUUCAAUUCAUGGAGUGUAGUGCUGCCACGGGUGAAAACGUGAUUCAGUCAUUGGAAACUGUUGCAAGGAUGUUGAGACAAAAAGUUGACACAACAGAGGAAGCUGUGGUGUUACACCAAGAGCCCCCGCAGAAAAAAAGAUCAGGAUGUUGCUGAAAAGAUGUGUUGGUCUAAGAAAUCAGAAAAGUGGUGAAAUCCUGCACACGACAGACAUUCAGGACCUGCUCUUCAGAAAGUGUCUAUGUAUAUCACAAACCAUUCUUUUAAUCCAAUGUGUUGUAUUAAGAUUCACAGAUAUAUUUAAGUUAAAUUUCCUUUUUACAUUGAUCUUUAGCUUUAUUAUUAUUUCUAACAAAGUGAGUUACAUUAUUGAUUUGAAGGACAAUAUAAGAUCAAGAAAAUCUUGCACUUGCAUAACACAUACUGUUGAAGGCACAUAGGCGACUCCAGGCUUUCUGAGAGGCUUGAUGUAUGCUUACUGUAUACAUUCAUGUAUAUAUAUACAUUAUACAGCUGGUGCAGGCUUUCUCUAGUCAGUAACCAUGGAAACAAUUACAUGGUGAAUAAUAGUUUUUUUUUUUAUCUUGCAAGAUGCUACUUUAUAUUGUUUUGCACUGUAUGUUUUCUCAUUUUAAAUACAUUUUCUUUCUUGCCAUACUAGUGCAAUUUCAAAUGAUCACAUGACGUCAAUAUUUAUAGAAGACUUUUUAAGAUGCAUUGAUUAAUUUCAAUAAGAAAUUAAACAUUUAGUACUUCAGCACUUUCUUGGGUUCUUGGUUGAAAGAUAAAGAGAAUCUUCUAUAUUGUACAGCUAUUGAAUGUUUGUUCUACAAUGUUUAUACUUUAUGGAAAUGAAGUGUUCAUUUUACUUACUCAUGAAAUAAAUAUGUGUUAAAUAAUUUGUAUAUGUGAUAAAAUUUCAGUCUUUGCUUAAUUUUAACAGGCAAAUUAGCUCAGAGGUUACAGGGCGUGGUAGCAAUCAAUAUUAAAAUAUGCAACAUGCCUGUGAACAAAUGUAAAUCUUUUCCUUUUUGUUGCUUUGUUUAGUAUACAAAAAUGUCAAAAAUUAUAUUAAGUUUACUGUGAUUUUGUGUUUACCAUCUGUUCUAAAUGAAUUGCAUUCUCAUUGCAGUUGCCACACAGCUGCCAGGUUGGCCUGAUAGUCAUGAAUAAAUUUUACGCCUCUAUAAUUAAAGAUAGCAGUAGUAAAAUGAUUAACUCUUUGAAUAUAAAUGUCAAUUUUUUUUAUUUUUUUUCCCUGUAAUUUGUGUCACUGAAUACCUUUAAUCAGAUUGUUCUAAUGUCAUGUCUCAUCCUUAAUAAACCUCAAGAACAAUGA